UAUCCCCGUCACUACGUGUAGCAUUCAGCCCAUUGAUCAUCUGCAUGUGAAACAUGCCAGGCUCGGAGAAUGUGGCGAUCUUCUGGGAUUAUGAGAACUGUGCGUUGCCCGCGAACGUCGCCGGCAACGUCGUAGUCAACAGCAUCCGGAAGAUUGCUCAUGAGUACGGGAGCGUGAAGACGUUCAAGGCAUACCUUGAGCUGCCUGAGCAGUCGUCUCCGAAGAGCAUCGCUCUACGUUCCGAGCUUCAGCUGUGCGGGGUAUCAUUGAUUGAUUGCCCGCACAACGGGAGGAAGGACGUGGCGGACAAGAUGAUGAUUGUCGACAUGAUGGCAUACGCCAUUGACACACCAGCACCCGCCACGAUUAUCCUCAUCUCGGGUGACCGAGACUUCGUCUAUGCUGUGUCUGUACUAAGUCUGCGGCAGUACCGAUUGGUCAUUUUCGCGCCAACUGCGGCGCACUCGAGCCUGAAGUUGCAGGCUAGCGUAGUACAUGCCUGGCCAGCCGAUGUACUUCCUGAAGAGCUCUUGACAACCAAACCCCGCACAUCGGUGUCCAGCGGCAGCUCCGAAUAUCCGCGUUCGCGAAGUGAUUCCAAUGCAAGGUACGCGCCGCAGGUGGCGCAGCCAACAGCCGUCCGUGCCUUCGCAACGCAAUCGCCACCAGUCACUCGUAAGGAUUUGCAUGAUCGUCCAUCCUACAGUACAAUAGCGGCGAACUUCUCCGUCCCUCCUUGGGUGCCGUUUGAUCCAUUGGGCCCGUUCAAGAAUUCCCCGCCACCGUCGGUCACGCCUCUCACCGAUAGCACAGCGGUCGAAUCAGAAUCAGAUGGUCCGUCUAGUUCAUCUGUCGACGGAAAUCCGUCUCCGGGCUACUUUACUCUAUUCUCUCGAACACCAGGACGGACUUUUGCGGCUGCAAACGCACAAGCCCCAUUCGAAUUUGGGACGAGUGUGCUCAACCAAGACCAAUCACACUCAUCGCAGCAAAUUGCGCAUGCCAAGGUCUCGGCAACAACAGCGAUGUCGCCAUCGUCCGAGGCGUCAUUUCAGCAACAGCCAUCUCAGCUCGACGCGAGCGAUUCUGUACUUGAGAGCUUUAUUGCGCAAGCCUGGGGUAACGGGGCAUCUGCAUCUGCAUCUUUGGAUGCGGAUGACUCCACACCUUCCAAGAAGGUGCCGGCCCACUUCAAGGCUCUGGUAAAAGUCUUGAAACAACAAUUGAAGGACGGCAACAAGAAGGUGUCAUACUCCGAUCUGGGCACCUUGCUUCGCCAAGAGUCGUCGAUGUUGUACGAGAAGGCAGGCGUGACCAAGCUGAAAGACUACACCGCCUUGGCGGAGGAAGCUGGCGUAGUAGUUGUGAAGGAGAACAGGUACGGACCAGGAGGGGUCGAUGGCCAGAAAUGGGUGUCGCUCCAUCCCCGACUUUUGAAGACGACGCCUGCGGUGGUGCCAUCCUCGAUGGACGAAUGGUGAGGUUUGCACGGUUGAGACCAACUUCUUUCGGCUGAAUUCGAGCUAGGUUCUAUAUGGCUCGCCAUGGAACGAGCAAGUAGAUUUGUACAUGCUUGCUUGUAUCAAAAGAAGGCAGCCAUAGAAUUGAUUGUAAUGGAUGUACCAUAAGAGCAGCGGCGGAGUAUGCACUGGGCCCA